CGAGGCCAGUUGAUAUUUGACUUUUGCUAGCUAACGACCGGCGUCGAAGAAAGCCGUCGGUCAUUGCGUCGAGUCCAUUCAUUGCGAUUCCAUCGUGUCUCCAUAGAAUUUAUCCCGAAAACGGUAAAAUUGUUGUCGUCCCAAGCCAAUGAAACUCCCACAUAAGCGGUGGGGAACAAGCCAGUCUUAGGGAUCUACGGCUCCCUUUCCGUUUCUGGGGUCCUAGUCAAUUCGAACUAUCGGGUCCUAUUUUGAAACUCCAUACGGGAGGUCCACAGAUCUUCACUUGUCAAGUGAGGAAAUCCUCCGUAAAACCGCAUGAACGGGCCUUUAGUGUCGAUUUGAAAACCUCAGAUACCCCGAUAUCCCACGUGGCAUUAUCAUGAUGCGUUUCCUUCCUUUUCUCCUCGUUUCGAUAACUCACCUUUAGUCCCUCCUUCAACUCACCUCGGUCGCUACAGGGCUAGGCUCCCUCACCGUCCAGGUUAUACAACCAAAAAUGCGGUCGAUACUCAGGUUAUGGAUAUUAUGGGCCUCCCUUUUGACCCUGGGUCUUGCGGCUGGUAGUAGCUCUUCAGCACUGACCGAAGCACUCGAAACUCUACCAGCUUGUGCUCUCAAAUGUCUGUUAACAGCCGUUCAAAGCUCAUCAUGCGGCGCAACAGAUCUCGCCUGCCAGUGUGCAGAUCCAGAAUAUGUCUCUUCUGCUGAGCUCUGUGUAAUGAACACUUGCACAGUCGUAGAGAUGCUUAGCGCGAAGAACACCACGCAAACAAUGUGCCAAGCCCCGAUUCGCAAUAAGACAGUCGAGUACAAUGCCGUCUCAACAACGCUGAUGGCCAUUGCUUGUAUUUUUGUCCUCGUCAGACUUGGAUAUAAGAAGUUUUUCACACAAAUAGAUCUUGGCUUAGACGACUGGUUCAUCUUCUUGACGCUCAUCAACUGCGUACCAUCGGCCGUGAUCAACGUCAGCUUGCUCUCAUACAACGGAUUAGGCAGGGAUAUCUGGACCUUGACACCCGAUCAAAUUACGGACUUUGCACGGGCAUUCUUCAUCAUCACGCUGUUGUACUUCUCCGAGGUCUUCGUGUUGAAACUGUCCCUCCUAUUCUUCUAUCUGCGCAUCUUUCCAGGAAGGGGUAUCCGACGAGUAAUAUUGUGUACUGUUGCGUUCGACGUCCUGUUCGGUGUCGGGUUCAUUGUCACUGCUCUUCUACAAUGCCGACCAAUCAGCUACAACUGGACCAACUGGCGAGGCGAGGGCGGUGGGCAAUGUAUCGACAUCAGCGCAGUGGCUUGGGCGAACGCUGCUGUUAGCAUUGCUCUCGACUUGUUCAUGCUGGGCAUCCCGCUGUCGCAGCUGCGAGAGCUUAAGCUGCACUGGAAGAAGAAGAUUGGCGUUGCCUUGAUGUUUGUCGUUGGAACUUUUGUCACCAUCGUCAGCAUUAUCCGUCUGGCAUCUCUCGUCGAAUUCCGCGAAUCAACAAACCUGUCAUGGGACUACUUUGGCGUAUCAAUGUGGUCGACGGUCGAGAUCACCAUCGGCAUCAUCUGCGCUUGCAUGCCUUCGAUGCGACUCAUCCUCGUCCGAAUCGCGCCCAAGGUCUUCGACUCCACGCUCAUCAGACCUUCGCGUUAUUACUACAACAGGAAAAGCAAGUCAAUCACGCUCUCCCAGGCUGCGAGGUUGGCCGACAAGGGAAAGUCUUCUCAGUCUACCGAAACAGAUGUCUCGUCGGGUCCCAAGUCCGCCGCAUCCAGGAACUCUUGGUUGCCGCCGCAGGUGCGCACGAGCUGGCGCGUCAGCCGGUCCGCUCACGACAACAGGAUCAUGGCAGAGGGUGUGCUGUUCUCGAGGGCAGUGCCACCCGAGCUGAACGAGGAAGACGAGGGGCACCUUGUGGCGAUGGAUACCCUGGAACCACACGCCAAUUACCGAACGGAAGUAAGGAUAACGGGCGGCGAGACAAUCUCGCGCGACAGCACGCCGGAGCCGCGCAGUCCACAACACCCAAACUUUGUGUGAGAAAUUGAUGGCAGGCGGAACAUGUUUUAAACAAAUAUCACAGAGAUGAUGUGCACGACCCAGUUGAUCAGCGUUAGAUACCCAGCAAAGCUCAUGACGACACGCAAAAUAACACAUAUAGCUAUAUCAUUUGUAAUUCCCUAGAUAGUCAAAUUUUCACAGACCACACACUGAACCAAUUCAUCGCAUCUGA